AUGUCUCCUACCACAUGGAGUGGUCAUUUUUGGGGCCGAACGGUCUGCAAAACGGAUUCAGCAACAGAAAACUUCUCAUGUGUUACCGGAGAUUGUGGUACCGGGAAGGUGGAAUGCGAUAUAAACAAAGGCAUGUCGCCUGCAACGCGCGCUGAAUUUCGUUUAGGAGACGAUGGACUUGAUUUUUAUACCGUUAAUGUCGUAGAAGGUUUCAACAUCCCCAUAGCAGUGACUCCUAUGAGUGCUUCUGGUGAGAAUCUCAAUUGCAGCAGCGCGGGUUGCCCUGCAAAUAUAAAUACUAUGUGUCCGACAGAGCUUAAGGUGAUGGAAAAUGAGGAUGUAGUCGCUUGUCAAGGAGCUUGCUCUACAGAUAAUUUGGAAAAUUUUUGUUGUCUUAAGAGUAACUUUUCAACAAGUGAAACUUGUGAUCCAAGUUCUUAUGCUCUCACAUUCAAGACAGCAUGUCCUCAUGCCUAUAGCUACCCUCACAACAAGGAAAACACAUUCAGUUGUUCAUCUAAACUUUACAAAAUCAUCUUUUGCCCAGCUUCCAGCGAUGAUGACAGUAUGGGAUCAUUGGGUGGAAGUGUGAGUCUAGGUGACUCACUCACUGCUGGAAAUGGGACAACUCGUUGGCUCUCUCCUUCGGGAGAUUUCGCAUUUGGAUUUUACCAACUUCCAAAUCAGCUUUUCUUGCUAGCUAUAUGGUAUGUCAAAAUACAAACUGAUUCCAUCAUUUGGUAUGCAAAUGGUGACAACCCUGUUCCUAAGGGAUCAACAUUGGUAUUAAAUGAUUCUCAUGGGUUGAUGCUCACCAACCCUCAAGGUUUAGAGCUAUGGAGAUCAUCAUAUUUUUCUUUAGGCAGAAUUUCAAGAGGUCUAAUGAAGGAUGAUGGAAAUUUUCUAUUACUAGACCAAAAUUAUGUUGUAUUAUGGCAGAGUUUCAAUCAUUUCACCGACACAUUAGUUCCUGGUCAAGAAAUGAAUUCAAAUAACUAUCUUUAUUCUCGACAAGGAGAAUUCAAUUUCUCGCAUGGAAAGUUUGAACUUCACCUACAAAAAAAUGGAGAUGUGCUCCUCAACCUUAUAAAUUUGCAUACAAAUACAAACCACGAUACUCAACCAGAUGCUUACUAUGAUAGUGGCAUUGUUGAUCCUGAAAAUCAAUCAUCAAAUUUUGGCACCAAAUUUAUAUUUGACAAGUCAGGGUUGUUCUUAUACAUAUUGAAAACAAAGGGGACAAAGUUUAAAAUAAUCACCAAUCCAAAUACGACAGUUUCAAAUGGUGGCUUCUACUCCAAAGCAACAAUCAAUUAUGAUGGAGUUUUUACCCUCUCAUAUCAUCCUAAAGAUCUAAGAAACGGUCAAAGAUGGAUCGUGGCAAAGACAAUACCAGAAAACAUUUGUUUAAAUUCUACAUUUAACAAUGGUCAAAGUAUUUGUGGGUUGAAUAGCAAUUGUACCCUUAGAGAUGACCAAAGGCCAAUGUGUACUUGUCUAGAAGGAUAUUCUCUAAUUGAUUCAAACAACAUGUAUGGGGAUUGCAUACCAAAUUCCCAAAUGAAGAAAAUUGAUUCUCCAUCACCUCUCUCCAAUUUGAAGGAAGAUCACGAUGAUAAAACCAAAAAGAGAAAAGGUCAUGAUACUUUGAUCAUUUUGAUAUCAAUUCUUUUAGGAAUUUCUGUGAUUAUAAUUGUAGGAUUGGUUUGUACAAUUUGCUUUGGGCACAAUCGCAAGAAGAUCAGAAGCGGUGCAACCAAAAAAAGUGUCGGUGACAAAAAUUUGCGAAUUUUUACCUUCAAAGAAAUUCUAGAAAUAACAAAUAACUUCAAUGAAGAAUUAGGAAGGGGGUCAUGUAGUGUUGUAUACAAAGGAACAAUAGAUGUAGAUAUUAGUGUGGCCGUUAAGAAAUUGGACAAGUUGUUUCAAGAUAGUGACAAGGAAUUUCAAACUGAAAUGAAUGUGAUACUCGAAACUCAUCAUAGGAAUCUUGUUCGUCUUCAUGGGUAUUGCAGUGACGAUCAACACCGGAUUUUGGUGUAUGAAUUGAUGAGUAAUGGUACUUUAGCAAGCUUCCUUUUCACUCCUUUGAAACCAAGUUGGAACCAACGAGUUCAAAUUGCCACCGGAAUUGCAAGAGGUCUUAUUUACUUGCAUGAGGACUGUUGCACCCAAAUCAUCCAUUGUGACAUAAAGCCACAAAACAUACUUCUAGAUGAUGAUUACAAUGCUAAGAUUUCCGAUUUCGGUUUAGCAAAACUAUUACUGAUUAAUCAAAGUCACACUAAAACCGGAAUUAGAGGAACCAAAGGGUAUGUUGCACCAGAUUGGUUUAGGAGUGCACCAAUCAGCGCUAAGGUUGAUGUUUACAGUUUUGGUGUCUUGUUUCUUGAAAUAAUUUGUUGUAGAAAAAAUGUAGAGCAUGAAAAUGCAAGUGAAGAAAAGAGGAUUUUAACUGAUUGGGCAUAUGAUUGCUACAAGGCUAAUAAUUUGGACCUUCUUCUAGAAAAUGAAUGUGAGGUUGUCAAUGAAAUGAGUAGAGUGGAAAAAUUUGUCAUGAUUGCUAUUUGGUGUACUCAAGAAGAUCCAUCUCUUAGACCAACAAUGAAGAAGGUUUUGCAAAUGCUAGAAGAGAUUGUUGAAGUUGCAAUUCCUCCAAGUCCCUACCUCUAUGGUUCUUUUAGUUGAAAUUAAAAUUAGUUCCCUUCGGAUGUAAUUUUGAUGCUUCUUGUAAUUUGUUUU